AUGGAGACGGUGCGCCCGCAAGAGGCACCGGAGCGGCAGAAAACCGGCGUCACUCGCGUGGAGGAGAAGUACCUCAUCGACGAGGAUGCCGUCGUCGGCCGGGGGGCGUGGAGCGUGGUGAAGCGGUGCACUCCCAUCGCGCCCUACGAGCCCCCAGCGCUGCGGUCCGGGAUGAAGGUUGUGGUCAAGAUCAUUGAGAAGGACUACCUCAUCUCUCUGACAAAGGGCAACGUGGAGCGCGCCACGGCGGAGGUGAAGCGGGAGAUCGACGUUCUGCGACACAUUCCGGCUCACGAAAACAUCGUGACCUUUUUAGAGUACAUUGAGACGGAGAAGGAGUUUCUCCUCUUUUUCGAGGAAGUGCGGUGCGGGGAUUUGUGCGAGAUUAUUCUCCAGGCACCGGACGGGAAACUUACUGAGGAGAAGGCCAAACUCUACACGUACCAAAUUAUCAAGGCCGUUCUGCACUGUCACAUUCACGACGUGAUACACCGCGACAUUAAACCAGAAAACCUGCUUGUUAGUGACGAUGAUAACAUCAAGCUAACUGACUUUGGGCUUGCCAAGCGCUCUAAAGGGGUUUGCACCUCAGCUGAACCGAGGAGCCUCUUAGAUCCCGUUGCCCUUUGUAUGCCAUAUCCAGGCGCCGAAAGGCUUAUUGGGAAGCGCGUUGUCUGUUCCGACGUCAUUGGUACCCCUCGUUACGGAUCCCCUGAGAUGUUCUACGCGAAAUUUACGCAGACAUAUUACGAUGGAUUUAAGGCCGAUACAUGGUCUGUGGGGGUGGUGACCUACAUUACACUCUCUGGCAGCUUCCCCUACUCGGCGGCGGCACACGCCCCGGAGAAGGAGGUUUUUCGCACCAUCAUGGACACGGCACUGCCUGAACCACAAGGUAUAUCUUCUGAUGCACUGGAUUUUAUUCAAAGACUUCUUAAUAAGGAUCCUCACAAGCGCAUGUCACUCUAUGAUGCGUUGAGCCAUCCGUGGCUCGAGGGAGUUGCAAGCACGAGGGGGUCGGUUACAGUACCGUUAAUGCUUGAAAGAUUUUCCUCAUCGGAAGUGUCAGAGGCUUGUACUAUGUUCGAUAAAGAGGCGAAGGCCUUGCAUCAAUGUAUACGUUUGUUGCAACGCGAGAAUCAACGUCUUCGCGAUGAACAUGAAAAGUUUGAAGAUACACUUGCUAAACGUGAGCGAGAUUCACGCAGAGUCACUACACCGCGGCGCGCUGAAACACCCACAGGGGGCUCUCGCGUGCGCGGGGCUCGAGUGUCGGGUGCCUCUAGCGUCCUGCGUAUUGGCUCACCCUCAAGAACGGGAGUGCGACCGGGUCGUAGUAGCGUCACGAAUGAAAGCUCUAACGGCUCUGUCAGCCGGCCUUCGGCGCACCGGAUAACUGCACGGAGCCCAUUGGCUCGGAGUGCGGCAAGUACCGUUCGCCGUGGAACUCCUGCGCGCGCGGGCGGCACGACCCCCAUGCGAAGCGGCACACCGUCGCGUCCGACAGCGCGUUCAACUUCUGCGCGGGGCAUCUCGGUCCUCUCAAAUGGUGUUGCGUCUUCCACUUCUGUCUCCCAACGGGCUUCCACGCCGGGGCGCACAGGCGUGCGCUCCGCCACCCCGUCGCGCUCCUCCGUUCUCAGUCACGUGACCUCGGCAAAGGAGCUGCAGGUAGGGGAGACCGUCACGUAUAAAGGGUAUCGCGCCGUUGUUCGCUUCAACGGCUCCACUGCCUUCGGCGCUGGAAUUUGGAUAGGACUAGAGAUGUUGGAGGGGAACGAAGGAACAAACGACGGUUCCUCAUUUAUUGAUAAGAAGCAGUACUUCACGUGCCCUAAAGGGAAAGGGGUGUUUGUGCGGGCAUCGCAGGUGAAGAAAAUUUAG